AUAUUUCUCAGCUCAGCGCUAUAUAAAGGCAAGCAAAACCACUCUCCCAAGUCAGUAGUGAGAGGAAGUUACAAUUGUUGAACUUUAGAGAUUUAAUCGACUGCUAAUUCCGGCAAGAGGCAAGAAGAAAAUAUCUUACAGCAGUUGUCGAUAAUCUUUCCAUCGAUAACUCGACUUAAAGCGUUUGCUAUCCAAUUUCCCGCAAGUAAACUGAAGAAAUUUGUCGAGUCCGUCUCACGAUCACGAUGUCGAGCGAUAAACAAGCCCUCCAUCCCGACGCCCACUGCCAUAUCAACUUAAGCGAAGGUCGGAAACACAUGAAGAUGAGCGACAUCGAACAUCUAGCCAUGCUGAAGGCGAAGGCGGAAAAGGAGUCGGGCAAUUUUAGUUGCGUCGACGUCUUCAAAGUUUUGCUGUUCAUCGGAGUCAUCUGCACCUUCACAGUCGUCUUCUACAAAAUCGCAGUACUGCAACAGGAUGUUAGAAUUCUCUCCAGUCGCAUGGAUAGAAUUCAAAUCACACAACAGAAUGCUCAAGGAAUUGUCAGACAGCCUAACUGUACCGACAGCACACAGGUCCAGACGGGCAAGUCCUCGGGUAAUAAUCAUCGUUACCCCAUGGGUAUGGAUAGGAGUGGAAGAAAUCGGAGAUCCCUCAGCGAUGGACAACAAGAAAGUGAACAUGAGGACGACAACGUUAUAGAUACUCAGAUCCCCACGUAUGGCGAUCGCUUCUCUGCUCAUCUUCUUCCAAAGGCUGGUAACUCAAGCCUGAAAGAAGGUCAGAUUUUCGAAUGGACCGGCACCAAAAACCACUCGUUCAUAGAAGCUUCAGGGUUCGAGCUGAUAGACGACAGAUACCUCCUCGUUCCUGUAGCCGGCUACUAUUUCGUCUACAGCCAGGUCACUUUCAAUGAUAGUUUGACGAGGACUAUUGGACACCAGCUGAUCGCAUACGGUAGCUGCGGAAGACGGAAGUCUUCAAUUAUUAUGGGAUCUGCCGUUACUCAGCAAAUACGGCCUGGCACUGAUCUUAGCCAUUCCGGCAAGAAGGACUCAAGUUACGUCGGUGGAGUCGUUUACCUUGCCGCUGGAGACUACUUGGCUGUUCGGCCCAACUUCGGCGGUACUCGUAUUAUCGAGUAUUCCCGAUCGGAUCCGGACAGCUUCUUCGGUGCAUUCAUGCUGAAAAGGGACAGUAAAGGCAAAUCUCUCAUGGAAAACUGUAUCUAAGGCAAUCAUCAAUGUAUCUAAAGUUGUGAAUGUUUCAUUUCUUGACUGUAGCGUUUAUGGAAUGGUGUAAAUUAAAAGUAAUCAAUCAAUAUAUUUAUAUUUUAAUAUUUCACACUAUUAUAGGGCCUAUGUCUCAAAAUAUAGAGAAAAACACUCAUACACGUUAAAUGACCUCGCCAUAGUUUAGUUGUCAACGUGAUUUGCAAUAGUUUUUUAAUGAUAUUUCUGGAGGACAAGUUUGUGGUUGAUCUUUUAAAGAAAGAUUACUAGACUUCCAUAUUAACAGGAUUUGGAAAUGCAAAUAAAAGUAUUAAAUCUUGAACAUAAUUCAGUUCAUAUGGAGCAGGCAAGCUCCUACUGCUUUGUUAGCCGUUUUUUUUUUCAUCUUAUGAUAUGCCCUUACGAUAAGUAUGAAAAUGGAAUUUACCUGAAGAAGCGGAAAUAAUUGAUUUGAUAUAAAGUUCAUUAAAUUCAGAAAGAGAGAAAAAAAAAAGAUGAAGAGGGAUGACCAGCAGCCGACCAGGGUUGAGUUUACAUCUGUAUAAUUAAUGUAGCCUCUAUCAUAAUUGGAUUGUCGCCAUCUAUUGGCAGAAUAUGAAACAUGCCAAAUGUUAGAUGAAUGAAGACGAAAAAGAGAUUAGACAGUGCAUGCUAAUUUUGUCUAAUAACCUUUCGUUUCUUCAAACAUUAUCUGCCUCUUUUAUAUAUAUUUCAUAUUCUAAAGACAUCUAAAUUUUGUUUCGUUUUCAUGAUAUUCAUCGAUUUUGUUGGGGUUUUUUUUUUGAAAAUAGAAAAGAAAUAACUUACGACGCUGCAACUGAGAUUUGUUUUAUCUAUAUGUGGAGGAGCUCCCCUGAUAAACUCUUCUUCAGAAAUAUAAUUGAUUCAACCGAAAAUUGCCUCAAUUUAUCUUAUAGAGAAGGAGGUCUAUCGUGCCUUUGUGACAUGAUUUCCACAAAAUGAAACAAAAAAAAAAGAAUGAAUUAUAACUCCUUGAAUGAGUGUGCAUCAAAUAUGUUUGUGUAAUUGUUUUUGCUCUCAUGAAAACCAACCUGACUUCAAAAUGGUUUUAUUUGUAAUGAUAGCUUAUGUUGAUAUACGAUUGGUCAGGUUAUCUGUAUUCAUAAUCAUUGGGGUUUAUUUAUAUCAAAUCGCAUCGAUUUAAAUAAGUGAUUGUUCUCUCAUUGUUACAGGGCAGAAACAAAAUUUGGCAUUAAUUGAAUAUAUGUUGUGCUCACUUUUGUAUAUGAGUUUGUAUUAUGUGUAUGAUAUCAAUUUAUACAAGCAGAAUUUGGUUAGAUAAUUUAAAGAAGUAUAUCAAAAUCCAUCAAAGAAUAAAAAAGUUAUGAAAAUUUUAAUUAUUUGAUUAGUGACAUCACAUGCGAGCAGCUUUCCUACAUAUCGAAUGAUAAGAAAUCAAUUAGUGAAAUGCUAUUUUCUUAGAAAAUUGAAAAUGGUUUUCACUGUACCUUCAGUAUAUCAAUAAACAAAUCAUUUCACCCCCGUUCCUAAAACAAAAACACAAAUAAGUUAUUACGAACCAUUAAAAAAUGAAAUUUAUGCAUUUUAUUUAUUAUAACAUAAUGUCACAAAAUCCAAAAGUUAAAAUUCUAAUAACUUUAUAUUUCAUUGUUAUUUUUUCUGCUAUUUUUUCAACAAAAUUUUCUUCAGGGUGAACUUCCCCUUUAAGGGGGUCGAGUUCUCUUUGCUAUUGAUGGCAGUUGUACUAUGCGCGGGGAGUGGGGGGGGGCUUUCGACACAUAUUGCAACGUAUUAUAUUACACUUUAAUUCUAUUUUCUAUUUCAGAUAGUUUUGAUGAGUAUUCUCAAAUUAUUUCGAGAUUACUGUGGUGUGCUCACUGUAACAUUGUGUGCUAAUAUAUAACUGUAAUGAUAUUAUGUUCAUUAUUAUGUAUGGUCGUAAUUAUCUAUAUUUAUUUGUAAUUUUGUGUUGAAUGAAUAUGUUAUUAUAUUCUUAAUAAAUACUUAAUUUG